GCUAACAAAAAAAAAAUAGAAUUUAAAACUUCUAUAAUGUCUGCGAGUGCUUCUUGCCAUGACGAUGACUUGGACUUGACCGUGAAGACGUUAAAGCCCAGCGAUCAUAAAAUAUCUACAAGGAAAAGUACUAAGGUGGCCGACUUUAAAAUUUUAGUACAAGAAGUGACUGAGAUUCCUUCAGAAAAGCAAAGAUUAUUAUAUAUUGGCAAGAUUCUUCGUGAUGACCAAACUUUAGGCUCUUACGGUAUUGAGUCUGGCCAUGUAGUUCACAUGAUUGAGAGAAUUACUGAUGAGUGCGAAACUUCCUCGUCAUCUUCAACUUUUUUGACUUCCACGAGUAAUUCUGAAUCCGUUGGAUCGGCAGAUCUUAAUUCCACUUUUCAGAAUAACUCUGGAGCUCGUGUUUUAACUUUUGGGCUUCCGCAAGGAACUACUAAUACCCCUCUGAUUUUACGCUCACUUUUGGGAUCCGCUAGCCCCUACGCACCUUCUAAUAUACGAGCGACUUCUUCGGAUUCUGGAACUGCCAUUAAUUUUUCAUUAAACCUCGAUUCAAGAAAUCUCAUUUCUUCGACGCUUCUUUCUGAAUAUCAAAGGAGAAUCUCAGAACUCACUCGGCAUAACGAAGAAAUUAUUCAAGCCUAUUGGGAUUCUCCCUCUCGUAGUCUUCCGCCUGAAAGGGUCACACCGCCACAUGGCUCUUCCCAUCUGCACGUGGAGGCGCUGCUUACUGGAAUUGGAAAUCUCCGCACUUCUUUUGAAAGCGGUGCGGAUCUCGAACGUGACUGCUUAUCGACGCUGGCAGACGAUUCUUUUAUGCACGACAGCUCGCCCCGUCACGAGGUGCAGGAAUCCUUAAGAAAAUUAGGCCGACUCUACCAAAAUCUUUCUAAUAUGGCUGCUCUUGUUUCCUCGCUGUUACUGAAUGUAAAUCUGAUCGGAAAUUAUAAUACCGCAGAGGGGUUUAUCCACGCGCCUCUAAACAACCUUCCUUCCUCGAGGCCGACCUCUAAUUCUUGCGAGAUCCCUCCAACAAAUAACUCUCUUGUAGCUCACAUUCACGCCCACACAGCCGCCAUGCGCAGCGCAGAAGCCAUUUCCCAAGCAGCCGCUGAUUUUCUAAUGCUUGCGGAAAGACCCCCGUCCACUGGCUUGGACUCGACCACUACAAACCGAUUUAGUUCUGCUGAUCAAAGCAAUUCGUCUGUUUGCGUGAGUUUUUCGCACGCCAUCAACCGCUCCGGCCCUGCCCAACAGGACUCUUCUCCCGCCCCAACAACUCGUGCUCUUCGUCCGCAGGCCCACAUUGAGCUUCGAAUUGCCUCUGCGUCGGCUGACUCGGUUUCGGCCUCCAAUAUUAGUGCAAGUCUGAUUGAGUCGCUAACGAGAGCGCUUGGAAGUUUAGGUGCGGUAGGCUCUGUGGAGACUUUUUCGUUGGACGGCUCCUCCCUAGUUCAACGUGCCCCUCCUCAAUUUUUUGGGCGAGCAACGGGUAAUCCCGUGGGCCCCCGCCGACCACGAGGACUUGUGCGCUCGAUCACGCGCCGUGGGCCUCCCCGCGAGGAUAUUGAGCCUGCUCGGCGCGUUACUCGGAGCACCAGUAGCAGAACAGCAUCCGCCACCGAGACUGCUCCAACAUCUUCCACAUCUUCCGUUGGCGCUAAUCGUUAUAGACUCGAAAGACUAUUGGAUAUAUUCAGCGAUUCUCGCCCGGCUGAUAACGGAACGGUACCGUCCGGAACCUUUUCUACUUCUGAAGCGAGUUCCAGCAGUUCCAGCGCCUCCUCGCAUGUGGCCCGACCUCGUGCUUAUUCGCUUCCUCGCGAGCAUUCUUCUCGUAGUUUUUCUGGCGAUUCAGGAAACGUUUAUAAAACCAGCGGUUCUAUUCUUUCGGGGAUUAUUGAAGAGUUCAUUAAAAUUAAUCCAUCCCUUCACAAUUUGACGUUGAGGAAAUUUAUUGGAGCUUCUCAUUUUUCGUCCAGUGAUCCUCUGCGGCGCCUGGUGGAGCACUUAUUGGACUCUUUAAAAGUUUCUGAUUUGUGCGAUUACAUUCAGGGUAAAUUUAUACCCGAACAUUGUUCUUGUGAUAUUUUGAAAGAUUUGAAGUUUAUGGUUGAAGUUGAUUACAACUUCAAUAUAACUUUUGAAAAUUUCCGUUUUUCCCUCUACAAAAUUGAUCCUGAAAUUACUUCACGCUUAGCAGAGCUGAUAGAUACUGCGCACGAGCGCGUGUUCAGGCACCAUUGGACUUUGUUGAAAGAAUUGGUCCAAUCAGACUCCCGCGUUGAGUUUAAAAUUUUUGGCUACGAGUUUAGGGAAUGGUUUCGGUCUUUCCUUUGUGAUUGGUUGUCUGCCAUGUAUUCCAUUCGAGGUUCCGUAUCAAAAGUAAAGGCUUUGCUAAUAUCACACUUAGAAGAGUGUGGCUUCACUAGUUUUCUUGCGAGUAUUUUCUCUGCACUUCUGCUUGACUUUGCUUCUAAUGUUUUCCAGGAUAACAUUUUUAAAGAAAAUUCUUCUAAAAAACGCUUUACAGAUUCGCGCAGACGCAACUCGUAUUGUCCUCCUCAUAAGCAGUACAAACCCGAGAAGUAGCUCAAUUUGCAGCGCGUAGUAGAAGACAGUAGAGAGCGUGGCUGCACGGAAUGGAGCACGUGUACACCACUGCCAUACUGACUAAUAGGAACCAUGGAUGGCUUCUUAAUACCGCCAGCACGGCGGAAACCACCAGUAUCCUU